AUGGCUCCCAGAACAGUCUAUACAUUUGGAGGCCGCUACAAAAGCAUCGCUGCUGUCGAAGAUGCGCCAUUCGCGGAGUUCAUCUCUGUGAGAGAAACUGGCCUCAAACUCAACGUCGUCCACCCGGUCCCUGUCGCGUAUCUGCGCGAUCUGAACUCUCGUGAACGCGAUGCGGUCCACAAGCACAUCACUUCUCAGCUAUUCAGCAACAGCUACAAAGCCGUCGGAUUUGCCAAAGCUGCAGAAGAAACCUUGGGUCUUUUGGAGACAGUCCAACAGGAUAUGGACCAUGAUCGCUCGACCGCUGCGGACCUAACGACCACGGAUGCGACCAGCAACCGGACUUACCACACGACAAGAGAGCAUCAGGAGUCCCGGGGCAAACAUUCCUCCAUGCACGUGGAGGCUGACACCAAUGUCAUGAGCGGCUCAAGGUCAGGCGCCCUUGAGCGUAGCCGGAAUAUAGAUAAAUGGAAGAGUACCGUACCCCCUGGCUACCCUCCGCCCUCCGUUAGUACGCCAAGAUCGGUCUUUCAGUCUAAGAGUGGCAGUAGAUCGCGAUCAUCCAGCACCAGCAGGAUGCGAAAGCCGAGCAGACACACCGACUUCCUUAAGGACGCAAAGCUCGACGAGAAGACACGGAUUAUAGUCGUGGAGCACAGCGCUGCAAGCCGCGAACUGACACUUCAGGAAGAGCACCUCGCCAGUCUUGAGUCGCUGGCUUUAACCGUCACCAGCUCAGCUGCGCGGCGCGAUCUAUACGGCGCCAUUCGGAAAGCUCGCAGUGCAGUCGAGAAAGUGCGCGUCCUCGAACGCAAGUGCAAGGGCGCCUUAUCUGACUCCCGGGCGCUCGUCGUGGAUGCUCUCGAGCUUGCUGAUGAUCUGUGGGAGACGUCAGAUGCGGCGGCGGAUGAAGCAUCAACAGUUUCAUCGCCGAAAACGAUUUCUUCGCGGACAACCGAUUCUUCGCGGACAACUGGUACUUCCCCGACACAGCGGAGUACAUCCACUGCCCCAUCGGAGCCUGAAUCUUUGGUACCGGCCCGGUUCGCCUCUCCCUCCGAAGUUGUAUCGUUGAAGCAGGAACUGCAAAAGAUCGACGAUAGUCUUUCUGAGUCGAUGAGGACUUUGAACAGGGUCAUCACUCGAUCCAGUAGCCGAGCGGGCGUCAUCAAAAGCAUAGAUCGCGCACGGGCAUGCCUUGACAAACUUCACGUCGCGCGAGAGCGCUUUUCGGGCUUGGACGACGAGAAGAUACGCAAAUUCGGGGCUGCCACACUUGCAAUCGCGCGGACAAGGCAUCAGGAAGUAUUGCGCGUUCUAGAUGCAGCCAAACAAGAGCAAUUACGACUGGACGGUCCUACGCAAGCGAAAGGUAGUGGAGGAACACGAGACACUGAGCGUCAGCAGCCACCGCGAAUGGAAGAAGAGCUCAAUCAAACCAUUCAUCGUAUCUCUGAACUUGGGCUUGCCGACGCCAAAGAGCUGUUGCGACAGCAAAAAGACGCUCUUGAUCAGAUUGUUCCGCACAGGGUUGCUGAGACGCACAAUGGACACCGCCAAAUGGGUCCUAGCUUGUAUGACCAAUUUCUGCAGGCAGGUGCACCUGAGGCUUACGGGGAGCCAACGUCGUCCGUAACGGGAUUGCCGCCAUCUCGGUACCUGGAUUGGGAUGAGUACACAUGUGCACAAUAUUUUGAAAGUAGUUGGUCCUGGGAGGAUUGGGAAUAG